UUGAUGUUUCGAGGCAGAAUAGAAAUAUUAAUAGGUGUGUGUUGUGUUUACUGUUUGUUUUUUUUUGUCUGUCAUUUUCCCGUGUUUGCCUCCCCUGUGAUGGAGGCACAGUUCCAGCUCCCACGUCCAGGCAGCAGCUGCAGCAGGAGAUGGAUACAACAAAGGCAGCAGCAGCAGUAGUACAUGUAACAAUAGCAGCAGCACUGCCCGCGCCCCUAUGGAGUCUACUUUGUGAACAUCCAGAAUGCUGAGUUUCAAAACUGACUGUGAACAUUUAAAAUGGCACAAGCAGAACUUUUUGGUCAGGAUAUUCCUAUGUUUCACCUCUCUGCUUUCUGGGCCAGAUGUCUAGUAGGGCUGUUGGCAUUUGUAUGUUUUACAAACAGCUAUAAUGGCAACUUUGUGUUUGAUGACUCGGAAGCCAUCAUAAAUAAUAAGGAUAUUAGAGGAGAGACUCCUCUUAGUGAUCUGUGGUUGCAUGACUUCUGGGGUACGAAACUCAGCAGCAAUGCUAGUCAUAAGUCUUACAGACCUCUCACGGUGCUGACAUUCAGAAUGAAUUACAGCAUCGCUGGUGGAUUGCAUCCUCCGGGAUUUCACCUUGUCAAUAUAUUACUACACUGUAUAGUCUCUGUUCUGAUGCUCAAUGUGUUCACAAAGUUGUUUGGUGGAAUAUCGUAUAAUAAUAACAAUAGAGGCAAAAGGGCAAUUUCUUUUCCCAAAGCAUCUUUGUUAGCGGCAUUGCUUUUUGCUGUUCAUCCGGUACAUACUGAGUGUGUUGCAGGAAUUGUUGGUAGGGCAGACCUGCUCUGUGCAUUAUCUGUUGUAUUAUCAUUUCUUGGGUACUGCAAAUCACUUCCAGGAACCAGUACUGUCGGCUUUUCUUCUGUUAUCUGGGUACUGUGUAGUGUGUUUCUGGGUGCUGUUGCCAUGCUGUGCAAGGAACAAGGCAUAACUGUGUUGGGGUUGAAUGCAGUAUUUGAUGCCUUUGUAAUUUGCAAGUUGAACAUUCUGGAAUUAGUCCAAUCGGUACUGCGCAGGGACAAAACCUCUGAGAAUAAUACAUUCCACAACAAAGGUCUGUUCUCAAGGGUUGGCAUUCUGGCAUCUGGAGGAAUAUGUGUGCUCUACAUACGCUGGCGUAUAAUGGGCACUGGCCCACCUGCUUUUACCGAUGUUGACAACCCAGCUUCUUUCGCAGACAGUCUACUUGUGAGAGUAAUAAACUAUAACUACUACUAUUCAUUGAAUGGCUGGCUGCUGCUGUGCCCCUGGUGGCUGUGCUUUGAUUGGUCAAUGGGCUGCAUACCUCUUAUUUCCGCUCUCAAUGACGGGAGAAUAAUUGCACUAGUAGCACUUUGGUUCUGCCUAAUAGGCUUAGGGUACCACGCAUUAUGCUCCAAAGAUGAUCAGAAGAGAAGAAUCCUCACGCUGGGACUGGGAUUUCUCAUCAUCCCUUUUCUUCCUGCAAGUAAUUUGUUCUUCAGAGUUGGUUUUGUGGUUGCAGAACGAGUCUUAUACCUACCAAGUAUAGGGUACUGUGUGCUGCUGUCCUAUGGAUAUAGCAAACUCUGUGGUCAAGUUAAAAAUAAGCAACUUCUGGCUGUGGCCAUGCUGGGACUGUUAGCCAUUAAUGUUGGCCGCUGUAUAUUUCGCAGUAAUCAGUGGAAGUCUGAGGAGCUGCUCUUCAAGAGUGCACUUCCAGUUUGCCCAUUGAAUGCUAAGGUACAUUACAAUGUGGGUAAAAAUUUAGCAGACAGAGGGCAUCAACGUGAUGCAAUCCAGUACUACAGAGAAGCUAUAAGGCUAAAUCCAAAAUAUGUGCAUGCAAUGAACAACCUUGGAAAUAUUCUAAAAGAGAGAGAUGAACUUCAAGAAGCAGAAGAGCUGCUAUCAAAAGCUGUAUCAAUACAGCCUGAUUUUUCUGCCGCAUGGAUGAAUUUGGGUAUUGUGCAAAACAGCCUUAAGCAGUUUGAUGAUGCAGAAAAAAGCUAUUUAACUGCUAUAAAAUACCGGAAGAAAUAUCCAGACUGUUACUAUAACCUGGGUCGUUUGUAUGCAGACUUGAACCGCUAUAUUGAUGCACUAAAUGCAUGGAGGAAUGCAACCUUUUUAAAACCAGAGCACAGCUUAGCUUGGAACAACAUGAUUAUACUGCUUGAUAACACAGGUAACUUGGAUCAAGCUGAAGCUGUUGGAAGAGAGGCCCUGAGACUGUUACCAAACGACCACUCUCUUAUGUUCUCUUUAGCCAAUGUAUUGGGAAAGGCAGAGAAAUACAAGGAAUCUGAAGGUUUGUUUCUUAAAGCUGUUAUAGCUAACCCUUCUUCAGCAAGUUAUCAUGGCAAUUUGGCUGUACUGUACCAUCGCUGGGGUAAUCUGGACCUGGCUAAGAAGCAUUAUGAAAUAUCCAUGAAGCUGGAUCCUUCUGCUACUGGGACAAAGGAAAACUACAGUCUUUUGAAACGAAAGCUUGAUCAGUUACAAAAGAGAACUCGUGUGUGAUGUCCCAGAGGAGGAACAGGGGACAUUGUCUUAAAGACUUUGUUGCUCUUGAAGAUGGUGAAAAAUGAUACAGAACUUGUAUAAAUAUCACAUUCUGCCUAUAGUGGUUUCACAUUGAAAGCUACUUUUUUUAAAUCUUCAUUAGUAGCCAUAAUGUAAAGAGUAAUCUUUUUAUUUAUACUUGGACAGUAUUAAACCACGAAACUGCUACAUAUCAA